ACAAAAUGUGUGAAAAUGAGGAAAGCCACACAAGGGAAUCAGUUUUCUGGAGCUACAGUACAGUCAUGGUGUCCAGCAAGGCCCUAAUCCUGGCUCCUCUGUGGAUCUAUUUUUUGACUCAAGCCUGCGUGGGAGACGAGCUACCCCGGGAGGCUGUGUUGUCCUGGUUCAGACAGAGGGUUUUGGAGGGUCUGGAUUUAGAGGAGCCGCCGCGGAUGACAAUGCAAGGUCCAGAUGGGGAUGUGGUGGAGACGGAAGCAAGGCCUGAACCCCCGAGGGUCCUGAGGAUGAGCAGGACAAUGCUGGUCAAGGAGCAGAGUAGUCCAAAGCAGGACAUGACUCAAAUUAUUGUCUUCCCCAGCUCUGAUUCUACCUGUGCCUCAUCUGACUCAACUCCAGGAGAAACCACUUCUAGUAACUUCACUUAUUACUUCCAGCCAUCCGUCAACAAUCAUGAGACAAUGCACACAUCUGCCCACUUCUGGUUCUACGCAGGUGAAAAACCCUCCGUGAACACCUCUGCCCAGCUCUUUAUUCUCACUUCUGGGCAGCAGCUACUUAAAGCAGCAGACUCUCCAUCAACAAGGAGCUCAGAUGGUUGGACCACGUUUGACGUUGAUCAAAAGUUGCUCAUCUUUUUAGCUGAGGGUCCUUUUCUGCUUCAAGUGCGAUGUCUGGCCUGUGAGUGCCAUGCCAAUGAACCAGACAAGUUGCCGUUUCUCCAUCUCAAAACUCAGCCGAAAGGUCCUGUUCGAUCCCCACGCCAGGCUCCAGUAACCAUCCCCUGGUCUUCCUCCGCAAUUGACCUCCUGCAGAGGCCCUCACACGAGAGACCCCAGCAAAGCGACUGCCACCGUGAAGAGAUCCAAAUCAGCUUUGAGGAACUUGGCUGGGAUAACUGGAUCGUCUAUCCAAAGGUGAUGAUGUUCUACUACUGCAAUGGGAACUGCUCAGCUUGGGAUCGAACAACAACCAUGCUGGGGAUGACACAGUGCUGCGCUCCAGUGCCAGGGACAAUGAGGUCCAUGAGGAUCAUGACCACGUCUGAUGGAGGGUACUCUUUUAAAUACGAGACCCUGCCGAAUAUUAUGGCUGCAGAGUGCACUUGUAUCUGAGCACUGCAGUGUUAAAGGGCCAGUUCACCAAUGUAACUAAACUUGUGAGUUUGUCAAGUUUCUGCUUCUCUACUUAAUUGAAAGUAAUGAAUCUUUCAGAUUUCUGCCACCAACAGAGCUCAACUGUGUGCUACCAGACAUAAAAAUCCCAUUUAUUAUAGUUAAAUGGGGAGAUGAUAGCCCUUAUAACUUUCAAAUACUUAUACAACCAUGUUUCAAAAGUUUCUUUAGUUUUCUGUUUGUUUCCAAGGAUUCUUUUCUAUUUCAACAUGGAUUACUUAAAAUCUAAGCAUAUAAAGCACAGCUUUUAAGACUCAGGACAUGUUGCAAACUAGGUGGAUUGGCCCUUUAAAUGUCUUUUGUUUUAUCAAUCAGACAUUUCUGAGGGUUUUCCAAGUCUUUUUGUAGUUUUUCAGGCAAAGUAAAUCCUGGAUGGCCUGUUUUCUUACAUUUUCUGUUAUCGCUUAUAACCUCUAGAGGGCAGCGUUGGCCCACUUUCACAUAGCAUUGGACAUCAGUAUCUUUCAGUAGUCUCAGUUCUGCUGUUAGGCAGGCAGGACUGUUCAGCUGAAAAGAGAGUAAAUGGGCCCUCCCCAGUUGUGAUGUACUGAUAAUGCAUUUGUGUUUGUUCACUGCUUUUCACCAUUUUUUUUUUGCCCAUUUUUGCCACUUUCGGACUUUCUUAGCCCACUUUGGCCAUCAUUCCACUGUUAAGACUUUUUAACUGCUUUUCACCAUGUUUUCUGCCCAUUUUUGCCACUUCCACAGACCUCUGUCUCUUUAACCCAUUGUUGCAACUUUUUAACUGCUUUUGGCCACUUUUUAGACCAUUUCCCCUCUA